GCUUCAAGCUACACCUCAGAGAGUAAGCAAUUUGGCAGCUUACUUGACAGAAGAGGAGUGGAGCAAGCUCAGCCAAUGUAGCAACCAUGAAGCAAUGCAAGUGCUGGCCCAGAGAAUGAAGCACCUUGGUAUGGUGAGCUUGAAGGAGUCCAGCAAAAGGGAGGCAAUAGCUUUGCUCUUGCAUAUGCAAGUGGAUGUGCAGCAGAAGCCAGAGCCUUCUAGCAAGAUGGUGAAGUCUUUGGUGAAUGACUUUGCAGACCUUUUCAAGAGAAUGCCUGCUCCACCAGGUGCACCUGCAAGCUUGCCAACAUAUCCACCAGAUCCCACUGCUUUGCCAGCAGAGUUUUGCAUGAAGGCAUACCCUGGACAGCCACCAGCUAACAAGCAG